GAACCGAAAAGUGUUGGUUUUCACAGUACCAGCUGUCCCAACCUUCUAAUUCUUCGGAAUGUGGUGCGCGGUUAGGGGAAUUUUCCACAAUGCUAUCGACGCAAUCGACUCUGCAAAUUAGAGACGCGCUUGCUGGCUGCUGCUAUAUGCGUAGUGGUCGCGUCCUUGUUUCAUAUUACUGUAUUAGCCAUCCAGUACAUUGGAGAUUAAUGGCAGUAUGUGGUCAAGAUCAAAACAUUCUUUCUUUUCUGUUAUAUUGGGGAGAUGUCGAAUCAACGGCAAGUGGAAUACUAAACUUGCCAUUCCUCCAAUUGGUAAAAGGCACAAGAGUUUCUUAUCAACAGAUAUGCCUGAAGCUGCAAAUUUCCCCAACAUAAAUACAUACGAAGAUUUGUACAAAUUCAGUAUUGCGCAUUCGGACAUGUUUUGGGGAGAACUUGCCAAGUCUCGACUACAUUGGGACCAACCAUUCACAAGAGUUUCAGAAUGUAAUAUGCAUGAGGGAAAAAUAAAGUGGUUCGCAGACGGUAAACUCAAUGUCAGCUAUAAUUGUGUUGACAGACAUGCAAAUGAGACACCAGAUAAGUUGGCAUUAAUUUGGGAAAAAGACCAGCCAAAUGAAGUUGAAAGUGUUUCAUACAAAGAACUUCUAUCCAUGGUUUGCAGGAUUGCAAAUUGCUUGAUGGCUCAAGGAAUAAAGAAAGGAGAUUGUGUAACAAUUUACAUGCCCGUCUCACCAACUGCAGUGGCAACAAUGCUAGCAUGCGCACGAAUAGGUGCUGUUCACAAUGUUGUUUUUGCUGGAUUCAGUGCAGAGGCACUUGCACAAAGAAUUCAAAGUUCAAGCUCGAAAAUGGUUAUAACCACUGACCAAGGUGUACGAGGUGGGAAAGUUAUUGAAUUGAAAAGGACUGUAGAUGAUGCAGUCAAAACAUGCCCAAGUGUACAAACAGUCCUUGUCAGCAAGAGAACUGGAGCUAAUGUACCAAUGAGUGAAAAAGACAUUGACUUUGAUGAAGCAAUUGUUAAUGAAAAUUCAUGGUGCGAACCAGUGUCUAUGGAUAGUGAAGAUUGGCUGUUUACAUUAUACACAUCCGGGAGUACAGGAAAACCUAAGGGAAUUGUUCACAGCCAGGCAGGAUAUCUACUUUACGCUACUGUCACAAGCAAAUUUGUUUUUGACAUACAAGAAGGCGACAUUUUUGGGUGUGUUGCUGACAUUGGAUGGAUAACGGGACAUAGUUAUGUAGUUUAUGGCCCUCUGAGUAAUGGCACUACAACAGUUCUAUUCGAAAGCACUCCAACAUAUCCAGAUCCAGGAAGAUAUUGGGACAUGGUUCAAAGAAUUAAACUAACACAAUUUUAUGGAGCGCCAACUGCCAUUCGUUUGCUUUUGAAACACGGAGACUCGUGGGUUAAGAAAUAUGAUAGAUCUUCUCUGCGAGUUCUAGGAAGUGUGGGUGAGCCAAUAAAUCAUGAGGCAUGGGAGUGGUAUCACUCUGUUGUUGGAGAGAAUAGGUGUACUGUUGUGGAUACAUGGUGGCAAACUGAGACCGGUGGGAUUAUGAUAACUCCCAGACCUUCUGGGGUGGAUGAUGCAAUUGAACCCGCUAUGCCAAUGCGACCAUUUUAUGGUAUUCAGCCCGCUUUACUUGAUGAAUCCAAGACAGAGAUUCAAGGGAAUUCAGUUUCUGGUGCUUGUUGUAUAAAAUAUCCAUGGCCAGGUAUGGCUCGAACCAUUCUUGGUGAUCAUAACAGAUUUAUAGAAACUUAUUAUAAACCUUAUCCUGGGUUAUAUUUUUCUGGAGAUGGUGCUAAUCGAACAGCUGAUGGUAAUUAUCAGAUAACUGGUCGCAUGGAUGAUGUGAUCAAUGUAAGUGGACACAGACUCGGAACUGCUGAAGUGGAAGAUGUUAUUGAUGAACAUCAUGCAGUUGCAGAAUCUGCAGUUGUUGGUUACCCUCAUGAUAUAAAAGGAGAGGCUCCAUUCGCAUUCUUGACAUUGAAAGAGAAUCAAAAUAUUUCGGCUGAGGAUUUGGAAAAGGAGUUAAAACAAAUGAUAAAGGAGAAAAUAUCUUCAUUUGCAAUACCUGAUAUUUUUAUCGUCACAGAUGGACUUCCUAAAACAAGAUCAGGGAAAAUAAUGCGCAGGAUAUUGAGAAAGAUAGCAGUGGAGGACACUGAUAAUCUUGGUGAUGUCAGUACGUUGGCUGAUCCAUCUGUGGUGAAAAAACUUGUUGCAUCGAGAAAAAUUUUAAAAAAAACCUAAAUAUUGUGUUAUUUUAUUAUCAAGACAUUGGGUUGUUGCAAUUCAUUUUUCACUUCUAAUAAUUGUUUUACGUAUCAUUAAUGAGCAAUCAAUCAAUUUUGUAUAUAUUCAAUAGAUUCUAUAAAUUAAACACUUUCAUAUUAAAUACAUGUGCUAUAUUUAAUUUCUCUUUAUCAUGUCAGCCCCGAAUCGCUUGUGUUAUCUAUUGUCUCACUCAUACCUCAACUCAUUGAAAUCACAUCUUCACUAAGGAAUUGUCAAAUAUUAGCCAACGGUGUUAUAAAUUUCAUUGCAUUUAUUUUAUUGCUUGGAACAAACGAUCUUUUCAUGUGUGUACCAUUUCUUUUAAAUGUGCAGCUUUAAUAUACUUAAUCUUAAAUACAUCCAUCACAAGUGGCCUAUAUAG